UUCGACUCUCGUUAAACAAUUUGGAGCAUUCAAAUGGACACGAUGACACACAAAGAAUUCACGAUUUAAUUCGUUUUCAUAAUAUGGUCAAAAGUUGGUUUUUCGAAACGGCUGCCGUUUAUAGUGUUCUUGUCAUGAUGCUCGCUUUGUCAUCGAUGCUUGCUUUGUCUUGUUUAAUAUUUCAAGUUGAUUUGGAGUUCAAGCAUCCAGACGCGGCUCUCGCAUUCUUAUUCCUUGCGAUUAUGGUCAAUCUAACGAAUCUUUUUGUAUAUUGUUACUUUGGAAAAUUAUCGAGUUUAAGCUACGAACAAAUGGCAUACUCUUUGUAUGAAUUCAAUUGGCAGCGACUGCCAGUAAAAUUACAAAAGUAUCUUGUGCUCAUGAUUGGAAAUAUGCAUCGUCCAAUAUUUUACCACGGUUUUGGCUUUUUCAUUUUGAACCUCGAGACCUUUACCAAAUUACUCAAGACCGUUGUGAGCUAUUACAUGAUGCUCGUGACUAUUACUACCGACUGAAUUCGGCCGCAGUUUGAAUUUGUUUUAACGUUACCAAUCUUAAAUUUAGAUAGUAAUAGAUUUUUGAUUUUAAUUCAAAAUGUACUUAGCUUUUACAUUCAAGGUGGAAAAGAACACGUUUUUUUUACAACGAA